AUGAACCCUCGUGCAUGCAUUGUUCGUGGACUUUUCAAGAAAGAAACGAACUGGGAAGUUUUUUUAAACCUUCGCGUCAAGGUUUUUAUCACCCCAAGCUCAGUUGGCAGCACAGACUCCGAUCCGCAGGAGUUGAGUAAAGUCGACUCUUCGGCGGUUAUUACUAUACCUGGUCGUAUUGAAGGCAACUUCGGGCAGAGUGGAAAGUGCAGAAUCACUCUCGACGGUAUGUUGAAAUAA